UUGAUUAAACAUUGAAGUGCAAAUAAAAAAUCUUCAAAAUUCAAUGUAAGGUUAUGUUUAUGCUUUUUGUUUUACAAUUUUAGUAUAAGUUUGAUUUGUAUAUAACGCCCAGGAGUGAAUAAAGAAGAGAGAAUAAGUUGAAUAAUUUGGAAUUUUCUUGAAAUCGAAGUAAUAUAGUAUAAAUGAGUGCGCCGGCUCAUGACCCCGGUCCGGAACAAUUUCAACAGUUUCCGCCGAACAGGAUAAUAGUUAUACAUCCUGGUUCAUUGUAUGUGAGAAUAGGAAGAGCCUCUGACCUUCUUCCAGUCAAACAGUUACACUGCAUCGCUAGAAAACGACGACCCGGGGGAAAAAUUUAUCGGGACCUUUUUGUGCCCCCCAGCAUACCUAAAACAAAGGAAUUAAUUGAAGAAUUGGAAGAAUGUCGCCUACAGAUAUCACACACGCUUCAGUCAUGUAUGCAGUCCAAUGGAUCAAGAAGAUAUGCCACCCCUCCACAACAAAUUGCUGCAUUUAACCGACGUUCAUUACCGGAGACUGUUAACGACGGUGAGCCAUGGCCCCAGGUAGAGUGUGACAUUGUUGUCGGUGAUUUAGUCUUAGACGUCGACCCGGAACUAGAAUAUAAUGUUCAUUUCCCAUACAAAAGAGGUGAUUUUAAUAUACAUUCAGAAAUAGGUGGCUCCAUAUCUUCAGUAUUAAAUGAUUUGUACACAAUUUGGAGCUCAAUUAUUGAAUAUAAACUUGGUAUACCACUAAUGGAACUGGUCAAAUACAGAUGUGUAUUGCUGAUACCUGAUAUUUAUUCCAGAAGUCAUUUAAAAUGUCUUAUGUCACUAUUAUUGAAAGAUUUAGGGUUUGGACAUUGUUUUCUAGUCCAAGAGAGUGUGGGAGCUACAUUUGGAGCUGGAAUAGGAUCUGCCUGUGUUGUGGAUAUAGGAGAUCAAAAGACGGCUAUAUCCUGUGUUGAAGAUGGUAUCUCACAUAAAACCACAAGGUUACGAAUGGAUUAUGGAGCUGGGGAUGUUUGUCAAACAUUAUCUUGGAUGUUUCAUAAAAGUGCUUUUCCUUACAAAAAUUGGAAUGAAAAUAUUCCAAGAGAUGUUGUAUUAAUGAGAAAUUUAUACCAAGACUUCUGUCAUGUUAAUCUUGAUGUAUGUGGUCCGCAAGAGAAGACUUUCCUUGUUGACCAUCCAGGAGAUGUAAUUAAUAAAUACACAUUGCAAGUUGGCGAUGAAUGCAUAAUAUCUCCACUUUCUUUCUUCUAUACAGAUUUGUUGAAAAUAACUGGACCAAAAUCAACUAAGAUACAGAACAGACAACCUAGUGACCCAGAGGAUCCGUUCGAUGCAGAGUUUCUUAGAGAAACUGGAAGAAAACGGGAAACAGUUGACCCAACAGCAAAUGAAAACCAACAAUUUGAAUCUGUCAAUGAAAACCAGCCAACUGGAAACGCAGAUGAAGAUAUUGUAGUUGACACACUUGAUGGUGGUCCUGGGGAUAUUGUAUCCUUAGCACCUGGCCAGGUCCUAGGUUUAGAUGCAGCUAUUCUACAGAGCAUUGACAGAUGUUCCAGUGAAGAACUAAAGAGAAAAAUGUACAGUAGUAUUCUAAUAGUAGGUGGUGGGGUUAAAGUACAUGGCUUAAAUUUAUGGUUGCAAAAUAGAUUAGCUCUUCAAAUACCCUACACUUACAAGACUGAACAAUUAGAAAUAGUUACAUCGCCGAAAGACAUUGAUCCAGCAAGUACAGUUUGGAAAGGAGCCGCAGUAAUGUCAUGCCUAGAGUCAGCUAUAGAGUUAUGGAUUAAUCAGAGUGAAUGGACCAAAUUUGGUCUCAAGAUAUUAAGAGAAAGAGCACCUUUUAUUUGGUGAAGCAGAAAAGUUUGGUUCUUACUGCCACUUACAAUUAAUAAAAAUGUGUAAGACUAUUGUUGUUAUAUGAUUAUAUCAAUAAAUGUAUAUGUGUAA